CCACAACUCCGUAUUGACGCCCCACAGCGCAACGCGUAAUACAAGACGCGAGCUUACGUGAUUGUUAGUCGCUCAAUAUGGCGCCUCCAACCCGAGCCCGUCCGCUCGCAAAGGCGUCCUUCUCUCCUGCUUUCUCGAAGCUCAAGACGUCCAUCUACAUCGACAAUAUGCGGCCUGGAAGUGCUGUGUCGUCGUUACACUACAUUCGCACACUCUCAUGGAAUGCGUCAGGCACAUUCAUCGCGACAGGUGCUGCAGACAGGACGCUACGCAUAUGGAACCCCGAGAAGACGAAUGUCAAGAACUCGACAGAGCUGCGCACGCCAGGCGCAACAGGUGCCGUCUCACUCGAACGCGUCGCUUUCCACCCGAUCAACGAGAACGAGUUAGCCAGCUGCAGCACGGAUGGCAUGGUCAGGUUCUGGGACAUACGCUCAAAAGCUAGUGUGGGCGAGGUCAAGGUUGGCGAGCAGCCCUUCACGCUGGCCUGGACGCCUGAUGGGACUGAGAUUGUUGCUGGGAGAAAAGAUAACACGUUGGUGUUGGUUGACCGGGCAGCUCUGCGCGUCAUCUCCGAGCACCGUCAGCCAGUACAGACAAACCAAUGCGUCUUCGACUGGUCGGGCAACCACCUCUUCAUGACCAACGGCGACGGCUGCGUCAAAGUCUUGCGCUACCCUUCCUUCGAGUCCGCCCUCACGCUCAACGCACACACGUCCUCCUGCUACGCCAUCACCAUGUCGCCAAGCGGAGAACACAUGGCAGCAGGCGGAGGUGACGCCCUGGUCUCGAUAUGGGACACACAAGAAUGGAUUUGCGUGCGCACCUUUGACCUGACAACAGAACCUGUUAAGAGCGUCGACUUUUCGUUUGACGGAAGUUACAUUACUGCUGGCUCCGAUGACAAGAUAGAGAAGAAACUGAAGAUUGCACACGUCGAAACGGGGGAGAUUGUGCACACCAUCAGCAUCGCCAACCCGGCGGCGCAUGUUGCCUGGCAUCCAUGUCGAUACAUCCUCGCGCACUCGGCGGAUAGCCAAGGAUUGAAGAUUGUUGCAAAUACCGACGUCGACAUUACCCUUCUCAUUAUAUCACUGCCCGUCGACCUCCAAAUUCCUAGAUCCAACACCGAACAUUCCAACAUACCAACCAUGGACGUCACAGCACCCUUCAACCCGGCGGACCUCUUCUCGGCCAAAGGACUGGUCGUAGUAAUCACUGGAGGUGGCAGUGGACUCGGAAUCGCAAUCGCAUCGGCGCUCCAUCAAAACGGCGCGUCGAAGAUUUUCCUUCUUGGUCGCCGCCUCAAUGUUCUCCAAGACGCCGUCAAGACCCUCGAAUCCUCGCCCUCAGCACCCAAGUCCUCAACUUGCGUGAUCUCUGCUGUAUCUUGCGAUGUCGCUGAUCUCGAAUCUGUGAAAGCAGCCGUAGCACAGAUCGAGAAUGAGACUGGAUACGUAGACGUGUUGUUCAACAAUGCCGGCGUCGUAGGACCCAAGAACGGACAAGAAAUCUACCAAGUCGAUUCGAUUGACAAGUUGCGCGACGCAAUGGUGUCCGGUUGGGAUGGCUGGUCAAGCACAAUGGCGAUCAACACGCAGUCUGUCAUCGGUGUGUCGGCCUCGUUUCUGCCCUUGUUGGAGGCCGCGAACAUGCGCCGAGGUUGGGCACCAGGAAGGGUCAACGGUCCGGGCAAUACUCGCGAACAGGACAAGUCGAAGCUGGAGGCCAUAGGGGCUGACGCCGACGACGACCGCAUGGCGCACAUCAUCACCGUCGCCAGCGUAGCCGCGUUCAGUCGAUGGGUCUCUGCCGGCCUUGCCUACAACGCAAGUAAAGCUGCGGCUGUGCACAUGGGCAAGAUGAUGAGCACAUUCCUGAGCGAGUGGGGUGUUCGUAGCAACGUUAUUGCGCCUGGGCCCUACCCAAGCGAAAUGACAAAGAUGAACGAGAACCGAUACGCCACCAACCAGCUCCCGCAAGGCAGGAUGGGGGUUGCAAAUGAUAUCGCGGGGUUGGCUUUGUUCCUUGUAGGAAAGGGCGGUGCGUACCAGAAUGGGACGAUGCAGCUUACUGACGGAGGGAGGGUGGGUGUGAUUCCAGGUACAUAUUAGGUUGCUGUUCAGGGGCAAGGCUUUUGUAAGCUAUGUAUUGUAGUUACUUGCGUGCUCUCGUUUGUUUGUUUUACUUGUGAUCUGGAUGUGGGCUGUGCAGCUUUAAACCAAUUUACAUAUAAACACGAC